AUGGCCCCGUGGCCCGCACCUCCUCCGCCUCCGCCUCCGCCUCCAUCUCUCGCCGCGCCGCCGCCGCCCGGCGUCUCGGCUAAGGGCCCGCCGGCGCGCAAGCUGCUCUUCAUGUGCACGUUGUCACUGUCCGUCACCUACCUGUGCUACAGUCUCCUGGGCGGCUCGGGCUCCUUGCAAUUCCCCUUGGCGCUGCAGGAGCCGCCGGGCGCCGCCGAGCCCCCGCCACCCUCGCUGCCGCCUCCCCCCGUGCGCCUCGGCGCCCCCUCGCAGCCGCCCGCGCCGCCGCCGCCGCCGGACAACGCGAGCCGUGGGGAGCCGCCCGAGACCCCCAAGCAGCCCGCCGCCCCGGGGGCCGACGGCUGGGGGCUGGCGAGCGGCAGCGGGGGCGCCCGGGACGCCUGGCUCCGGACCCCGCUGACCCCCGGCGAGAUGGGCACGGCGCAGAGCGCGCUGCUGGAGAGGGAAGCGCCGGAGUCCAGCACCACGGACGAGGAGCUCGCAGGCCGGAGGGCGGCCAACGGGAGCAGCAACGCCGUCAGCACCCCCGACUACGGCGAGAAGAAGCUGCCCCAGGCGCUGAUCAUCGGGGUCAAGAAAGGAGGGACCCGCGCGCUGCUGGAGGCAAUCCGAGUGCACCCGGACGUGCGGGCGGUGGGCGUAGAGCCGCACUUCUUCGACCGGAACUACGAGAAGGGGCUGGAGUGGUACAGAAAUGUGAUGCCCAAGACUUUGGAUGGGCAGUUAACCAUGGAGAAGACGCCAAGUUACUUUGUGACAAAUGAGGCUCCCAAACGCAUCCACUCCAUGGCCAAGGACAUCAAACUCAUCGUGGUGGUGAGGAACCCCGUGACCAGGGCCAUCUCCGACUACACCCAGACACUGUCAAAGAAACCCGAAAUCCCCACCUUCGAGGUGCUGGCCUUCAAAAAUCGGACCCUAGGGCUGAUCGACGCCUCCUGGAGCGCCAUUCGAAUAGGAAUCUAUGCUCUGCAUCUGGAAAACUGGCUCCAGUAUUUCCCCCUCUCUCAGAUCCUCUUCGUCAGCGGUGAGCGACUCAUAGUGGACCCCGCCGGGGAAAUGGCCAAAGUACAGGAUUUUCUAGGCCUCAAGCGUGUUGUGACUGAGAAACAUUUCUAUUUCAACAAAACCAAGGGGUUCCCUUGCUUAAAGAAGCCAGAAGACAGCAGUGCCCCCCGGUGCUUAGGCAAGAGCAAGGGUCGGACUCAUCCUCGCAUUGACCCGGAUGUGAUCCACAGACUGCGGAAGUUCUACAAACCCUUCAACAUGAUGUUUUACCAAAUGACUGGUCAAGAUUUCCGGUGGGAACAGGAAGAGGGUGACAAAUGA